AUGCUCCCCCCACAGGCCAUGUCGGCGGCCGGCUGGUUCACAGGCUUCAAGGGCGGCAGGGACCAGGCCAUGGUCCACUUGCGGCUCUGCUGGGAGGAGCAGGGGAUCCUUGCGCCGAUCGCGGGCCUCGUGCUCAUAGGCUGGGCGGUGGACGUUAGCAGCUUCCUCGGCGAGCUGCGUUCUGAGCGCGAGCCGAAGCACAGGGAGGCCCGCAGGAUACUCGACUGGGCGGCCGAGAAGUACCCAGGGGCGUUCUUCUACGAGGGGCUCGAGUGCAGCUACCUGUGCGCCCGCAGGGACCUGCCGGCCGCGGCGCAGCAGCUGGAGCGGGUGAAGGGCUCGGUGCAGGAGCUGCCGGCGUUCCUCUUCGUCGUGCACCUGCGCAGGGCCGUAACGCUCGCCGCCUGCUUCGACUGGGGCGCGGCGGGGGGCGCUUACGCCGCCGCCGUGGAGGUGCACAGGGCCAAGGGCCGGCGGGCGCUGUGCCCGGCGCUGGCGCUCAACUCGCACCUGUGCUACGUCGCCGCCGGGGACCAGGAGAAGGCCGCGGGAAUGCUGGAGCUGUGCCUGUCCUACGAGAAGGAAAAGAAGAAGUGGUCCCCGAUAGACAAGAACUCCCUGGCGUCGGCGAGGCUCGCCUGCGGGGCCAGCCCUGCGCCGGGCACCCCGAAGGCCGACGCCCAGGAGCCGCCAGCGGAAGACAGCGCGGCCGGGGCGGAGCAGCUGCCGUGGCGCCCGCGGCUGCUGCUCUACCUGAAGAUGUGCGUCGUGCACCGCGUGGUCGACUUCAUGUCCCCGGAGCAGGCCGAGGCGUUCCUCGGCAAGGUCCGCUGCGAGACGGACGCCUGCGAGGACGCCGACAGCCGCUGCGUGGGCCUGUGGAUCCAGGCCGAGGCCAUGCGGCAGAGCGAGCGCUGGGAGGAGGCACUGGCGCUCGCCCAGGCGUGCCUGCAGCUGCGGCCGGAGCUCGGCGCGGCGGGCCGCAAGAGCGGAGCGCUGCAGUUCACGAAGCUGAUCGAGGGGUACGCGCGCUUCGCGCAGGGCCGGCCGGCGGAGGCGAGGGAGGCGCUGUCGCAGCUGCAGCAGCUCGGGGGCGACCACGGCUUCCCGAAGCAGGUGGAGUUCAAGGCGACGCACCUCCGGAGGCUGGUGGGGGCCGAGUUCGAGAACAGCUACAUGGAGGUCAGCGUGGCCGCGCGGAGCAAGGCGCGCCUCGUCGUGGAGGUCCCCGACGGGACGGCCGCCGUGGAGUGGGACUGGCUGCUGAAGGACUUCACCAUAGGCUUUGUCGCCACCGCGAGGGGCGCUGAGGCCAAGGAGCUGCAGCGCGUGGAGAAGUACGCCGCCGAGGACGGGCCCUGCACCGGCAGCUGGGAGGGGACCGGCCCAGCCGUGCUCGAGCUGACUUUCGACAACUCCUUCAGCGUGAUGCGGGGCAAGAAGGUCUCCGUCCGGCUCCAACCGGCGGGGCUGAGGGUGGCGCGCGACGGCGGAUAG